CUGGGCCUCGUCCUAUGCCUGGCACAACAGAUAGAGAUUCAGAAACUUCCAGACUUAUAACCCCGUUUGAACCGAGAGCUCAGACACCUGCAGUUGUUGUUACAAGCCCCGGUAAUCAUCAUAAUGAUAGUCCCAUGGGGAUGUAUAGUGCUGACAGGAUUGGUUAUGCGGUGACUUCUAAUUCUGAAGCCGAGGGAUCAUUGAGCCAGUCGUCUCCACGGACGAUCUCAGAUUUACUUCCUGAUAAGCCAGCGUUGGGGCUUUACCCGGAACCAUUAAGGCUAAGUCGUCAGAAACAGCCCAGACCCCACAGCCAUGCGACUCUAUUCGAAGAGGAUAUGACGAGACCACGGAGCGCCUUUGGUGCGCCAUACCAGAAUCUAAAUCAGCCGACUUCGUCAAGCCGAGCUCAAGAUACUUGGCGGUAUAACCGGGCUCCUAUGGCUGGAUUGCCUGCGCAUCCUCGUGCAAUGCUCCACGGUUUUGGGGAAGGCCAGGAUGGAAAACUUGCUAUGAGAGGUCCGAACUACCGAAAGAGACCUACCUAUGCAGAGGGGCAAUCAAAGGUUCAGGCCUCCAAUCAAGAUGACACUUAUGAAAGCCUGCUACAAAGCUCUCCGAUUUCGGACGCUGGGGAUUUUGUCGACCGGGACCGGCAGCAUCGCGGUGCGGGACAUGUAAGACUUGUCGGACCGCCCUCGUCGCAGAGUGUUGCAAGUGGUCCGUUCCGUGGCACGGACGUGAACAAUAGCAUGUUGUACAACCUUGAUGACAACUUUGAGGACAUCGACAUCAACGGCUCGACUAGCAGAUUGGACCGCGAAUCCCGGCAUUCGGGAAAUCUACGGCCACUCACGCCAGUGCGUGAAAUCAGAACGCCAACGCGAGAAUCUCCUACACCGAACUGGGAGCUUGUCUCGAGUGACCAACCCGGUCUUCCCCGGAUGCCAUUCUCUCGGGCAGUCAGUCCCAGACAAGAAAUUGUCUCUCGCCCGCGGAUUGUACGACGGGACGAUAUCAAACGAGUCCAAAUUCGGCGGAAGCCACAUGCCGGAGGGUUAAGUGCACCAUACUCACCUGAAGACUACUGGCUUGGUCAUGAUCCAGGGCCUGUGUUGGAGACUCAGACACGCAGGCAGUCCACCGAUUCUUUGCGUUCCAUUGCAAGCGUGAGGGGCCACAUGCCGAAGAGGAAGCCGGUGCCGUACGAGCGAAAUGUAACCCCAUCCCGCAGCGGGUCAGAUCUAAUACUGCGCGUGGAUUGACGGGAUACGUCUAAUCUACGGGGUAGGGGUGCUCCAUUUCCCGGCCUUGGCUACGAGUGGAACUUUGUCUUCGGUGGACACAAUUCAAUACAUAUAUAUGUACAUGCUUCUGGGGUCCGGUCUUUCCCUUUCUGUUGUAUGAUACUAUGACAUAUGUUCACUUGGUGGAGCCAGGUAUCUUUCUCUUCUUCAAGGCGAUUUA